AUGGUUGCCUUUUCUUCUCUUCUCCUCGCUCUGGGUAGCGCUUCUGCGGCACUGGCCUCGCCUCUCAGCCUCAUCCUCAACGCUGAGCCUCGCGACGAGCCGGCCAACCUGACUGCGCGCUCCACGCCUGCGGGACAGGGCACCAACAACGGCUUCUUCUACUCCUUCUGGACCGACAACCAGGGCCAGGUCACGUACAACAAUGGUCCUGGAGGCCAGUACGACGUGGAAUGGAGCAAUGUGAACAACUUUGUCGCCGGCAAGGGAUGGAACCCCGGCUCAGAGCGCAUCGUCAAGUACAGCGGCACGUGGAACGGACAAAGCGUCAACUCGUACAUUUCGCUGUACGGCUGGACGCGCAACCCGCUGAUCGAGUACUACAUUGUCGAGUCGUUUGGCUCGUACGACCCGUCGUCUGCGGCGCAGAAAAAGGGCUCGGUCGAGUCCGACGGCAGCACCUACGACAUCCUGCAGACGACGCGGACGAACCAGCCGUCCAUCGAUGGCACGGCUACCUUUCAGCAGUUUUGGUCCGUGCGAAAGAACAAGCGCGUGGGUGGUAGCAUUACUGUCAAGAACCACUUUGAUGCUUGGGCCAAGUACGGCCAGAAACUCGGCACGCAUAACUACAUGAUUCUGGCUACCGAGGGCUACCAGAGCUCGGGUAAGGCUUCGAUUACUGUCGAGGGGCCUUAG